CGUAAGAGGCGUUGUUGGCCGGGAACGGCAACCUGCGCGUGUCUGGUGCCCUCCUGCGCGAGUCGAUCCUUGAGGUUGAGCAGAAACCAGUAUGUCAGGGUGGGAGUCUUACUAUAAAACCGGGGGCGAUGAAGAGGAAGACGAGGAGGAGGAGAGCCCCGAUGCAGGUGGUGAAUAUAAAUACUCAGGAAGAGAUAGCUUGAUUUUUUUGGUGGAUGCCUCCAGGGCCAUGUUUGAGUCUCAGGGUGAAAAUGAACUGACUCCUUUUGAUAUGAGCAUCCAGUGUAUCGAAAGUGUGUACACGAGUAAGAUCAUAAGCAGUGACCGAGAUCUCUUGGGAGUGGUGUUCUAUGGUACCAAGAAAGACAAAAAUUCAGUGAAUUUCAAAAAUAUUUAUGUUUUACAAGAACUGGAUAAUCCAGGUGCUAAACGAGUGCUCGAGCUUGACCGGUUUAAGGGGCAGACAGGACAAAACCAUUUCCGAGACCUGAUUGGCCACGGGUCUGACUACUCGCUGAGUGAAGUGCUGUGGGUCUGUGCCAACCUCUUUAGUGAUGUGCAGGUCAAGAUGAGUCAUAAGAGGAUCAUGCUGUUCACCAAUGAUGACGACCCCCACGGCGGUGACAGUGCCAAGGCCAGCCGGGCCAGGACCAAGGCCAGUGAUCUCCGUGACACGGGUGGGCAUUUGCUUGUUCUCAUAAUUGGCUUUGACAUAUCCUUGUUCUACAGAGAUAUCAUCAGUGUAGCAGAGGAUGCGGACCUUGGGGUUCACUUUGAGGAAUCGAGCAAGCUGGAAGACCUGUUGAGGAAGGUUCGUGCCAAGGAGACCAGGAAGCGCGUCCUUGCCAGGUUAAAAUUUAAGCUUGACAAAGACAUAGCACUCACCGUGGGCAUUUAUAACCUGGUCCAGAAGGCCACCAAGCCACCGCCAGUGAGGCUGUACCGGGAAACAAACGAGCCAGUGAAAACCAAGACGCGGACGUUCAGUGUGAACACUGGCAGUUUGCUCUUGCCCAGCGACACCAAGCGCUCUCAGAUCUAUGGGAAUCGAAAGAUUGUGCUAGAGAAAGAGGAGACCGAGCAACUGAAGCGGUUUGAUGAGCCAGGCUUGGCGCUCAUCGGCUUUAAGCCCUUGGCUCUGCUGAAGAAGCACCACUACCUGAGGCCCUCCCUGUUCGUGUACCCUGAGGAGGCCCUAGUGAAUGGGAGCUCAACUCUGUUCAGUGCCCUGCUCAUCAAGUGUCUGGAGAAGGAAGUCCUAGCUGUGUGCAGAUACACUCCCCGCAAGAGCACUCCCCCUUAUUUUGUGGCUUUGGUGCCACAGGAAGAAGAGCUAGAUGAUCAGAAAGUUCAGGUGACUCCUCCAGGCUUCCAGCUUGUCUUCCUACCCUAUGCUGAUGAUAAACGAAAUGUGCCUGUCACUAAAAAGGUCAUGGCCAACCCAGAGCAAAUAGACAAGAUGAAGGCCAUUGUUCAGAAGCUGCGCUUCAAAUACAGAAGCGACAGCUUUGAGAACCCCGUGCUGCAGCAGCACUUCAGGAACCUGGAGGCCUUAGCCUUGGAUUUGAUGGAGCCUGAGCACACAGUGGAUCUGACCUUGCCCAAGGUUGAAGCAAUGAAUAAAAGACUGGGCUCCCUGGUGGAGGAAUUUAAGGACCUUGUUUACCCACCAGACUACAAUCCUGAGGGAAAAGCCACCAAGCGAAAGCAAGAUGAAGGAGGGUCUGGGGACAAAAAGCCCAAAGUGGAGUUCUCUGAAGAGGAGCUGAAGGCCCACGCCACCAAGGGCACGCUGGGCAAGCUCACUGUGCCCAUGCUGAAGGAGGCCUGCAGGGUGUGCGGGCUGAAGGGUGGGCUAAAGAAGCAGGAGCUGCUGGACACGCUCACCCAGCACCUCCUCAAGGACUGAGAGCAGCGCUGCUGGCUGCCUUGGUCUCCUGCCUUCCGCCCCAGGCUGCCUGCCUCUGUUCCUCUCACCAGCUUACCAAGUGUUUCUGCGGAGCUGCCAAGUGCUGCCUGGUGGGAGCUUUCGGGUUUGUGGGACCUCUUGUUGUCGUGCAGACCGUGCAUCUUUCCCGCUUUACUGUGCCUUAUUCUGCUGUGUGAAUAAAGGCCUAACUUUGUACUAUGUAGUGGGUUUUUGUUGUCUUCAGUGCUGGGGAAUGAAUCCAGGGCCAUUGUACUUCUUUGAGGCAGACCCUUGCUAAAUUGCCCAGUCUAAAUUCAAACUUGCAGUUGCUGGGAUUGUAAAAGUGCGCUACCAUGCCGGGCUAUAUAUACUGUUUUUCCUUGGCUUUCCAUCUAAAGAGCACUGGCCAAGGCUCUUACUUUCAUUUUCUAUUACCUUCACUUUCUAUUUUUAUGGAGUCACACAUUUGUCAUAAUGGAAACAAGAAUUCAGCCAGGCAGAGGGGGGUGGGAGGUGGUGACAGGUGAAGGGAAGGUGAAUGUACAGGUAUUUCAGAUAUGAGGUUAGUUACCCACUUCCUUUCAUUACCCAGAAAUCCUAUCCUCACAUCUACACUGGGGGAGAAAACGUGCUGUCGUUACACUGAGCCAGGGGCUGCAGCAGCUCUGUAGCCUCCCUAGUGUGGGCCGAAGUGCUUGUCAUAAUCCCUGUGACCUCAUCUGCU